UUUAGAGUGCUUCAGCUACGGCUGGAUGAGCUCCUGCAGGAGCUGUGAUGACGUCGGGUCUUUGGGGACGUAAGUGCCCUCUGUGCUCCGACAGGAACCGCUGGGACUCUUUUCCCCUCAGCAGCAGGUUAUUUGACGAAGCGUCGUGGAUGUACCUGUGGAUUUAUGUUUUGAAUUAUGAGAAACUGUAGACUGACACAAAAUGGAGCUUCCACCUGUUGUGACUUUGGAGGGACGUCCGUUUCGGAGCCUUUUCGGAUCUCCAGUGGAGCCGCCUCCACUGAGCUCUUCCCUCUCAGCUAACGGCCUCCCCGGCUACAAAGCGGAUUGCAUUGGAACCCAAAGCGUCUUAUUGUUGGAGCCACAUCUGGACAAAACCCAGCUGCAGAGCUGUGUCACUAUUAGUGACCAGGCAAAAUGUGCUGAAGCGGUGCUUUCACAGGAACCAGUGGGAGUCACUCCAGUGGAUGCUCUGGACCUUAGCUCGCUGGUCUCCUCAUCGCCCAACACAGCUGAGCACUGCUGCUGUAGAGGUCCACUUCCUGUUCCUGAUGCACGACCUCAGUCAGACCACGUGAACUGUCUCGACCAGACAGACAAUUUAAACUGUGAACGUGGGAAAACUGACUUUAACCUGUUAAAGUCCACCUCCAACGGGGACGUUAUCAGGCCUCCCAUGGGCCCACGCCAUGAACUCAGUCCACGCUUCACUCCUCGUCUCACUGUACGUUCACCCGCGCCCGACGGCCCUCGCAUCGUGAAGCACGACCUGAGCUCCAUCACCUUCUCAGACUGCAGCUCCUCCUCCAUCGCCUGUGCCAACGACAGCUCUGAUGACGGAGACUCAUCCCCGGGGGAGGACGACAAUCCUGACGGUGACGACGACGAUGAGGAGGAUGAUGAUGAUGAUGAUGAUGAUGAUGAUGAUGACGUGUUCCUCGAGCUGCCUUUGACUAGAAACAGGUGUGAUGGCAAAAACGAUCAGAAGAGGAGAGGCGCCCGGACAAAACCCUGCCUCACAGCCAGCAGUGGUUGUGAAGCAGGGGGGGGGGGCAGCAGUCAGGAGGAGUCUCCAGGGGUCGGGCCCUGGUGCGACUCGAUGAACCAGCUGAUGAGGAAACUGGACCGACUCAAUCUGGACAUAGAGGAGGCUCUGAGCGCCAGCUCGUCCCCCUGCGACACCCCCCGCCAGCUCCAGUGGGGUGCCGCGUCCACGUCCGCGCCGGACCGAACCCUGAGCGGCCGCCGGGAGGAACGCCCGGGCCCGGACAGGGGUUCUGCUGCCAUGGGAACCCGAGCCAGAACCAGGAGGACGAUGUUCCAUAAGAUGACGGAUGCAGCACGUGCAGAAAUUGAGGCAAAGGAGGCGUGUGACUGGCUGCGGGCAGCAGGAUUUCCUCAGUAUGCUCAGCUCUUUGAAGAUUCCCAGUUUCCUAUUGACAUAACACCUGUAAAAAGAGACCAUGACUUCCUGGAUAAAGACCUUGUGGAACCUCUGUGCAGGCGGCUUCACACCCUGAACAAGUGCGCCUCUAUGAAGCUUGAUGUGAACCUUCCUAAGAAGAAGAGUGAAGACUCUGAUGAAGAAGACCUGUUUGCCAUCAGUGACAAAUGGACCUUUGAGUGGAGCAGCAGGCGCUGGUCGAGGUUACAGGACAUUGACUCUCUGCUGGGGAACCACAGAGAGGCUCAGCCCUCCAGAAACGGGCCGCCUUUGAGAACCACCACCAGCAGCGAGAGUGUUCUGACGGACCUGAGCGAGCCGGAGGUCUCCUCUCUGCACAGCGAGAGCAGCGGCGGCAGCGCUCACAGGGGCCUCAGCACAGAGGACUCCGACUGCUCCAACCGCACCUGUUCGGACUCUGCGGCGAUGCCCGAUCCCACGUCUGUCGCUCUGCACCACCUCCCCAAAGAAAUGGGCCCCUACGCCUCGCUACCCGAUGAGCACGGCAAGAACAGUCGCACGCGCGCCAAAGACUUCCUGAGGCGCAUGGAGACGCUGCGCUCCCGGGGAACUCUGGGAAGGGGCCGCAAGCAUCUGGUCAUCAGUGCGCCGGUGCUCCAACAGGAGGCGCAGGCCCUGAAGACCCUGCGGUGUGUUGAGAUCAUCAACGGCGACGGUGGGGCCCCGGAGCCCCCGUCCAGCAGAGACCUGCUGUCCCAGUCCAGCAGCGAGGCCAGCAGCCAUUCCAGCGGCAGCGCCGUCAGCACGCCCAGCCUGAAGGAGCGCAAGCCUCACCGGGCCGACUACAAGCGCAGCGGCAUGUACUUGGAGGACAUGGAUGUCUUCUCAGGCGCGCAAGUCAAUGAAGUCACGCAGCAAAACUGCAGGAAUGAGUUCUGCUCAUAUGAAGACCUGGUAGUGCACAUUCCCAAAGACCACAAACCAGGAACCUUCCCCAAAGCCCUGUCCAUCGAGAGCCUGUCCCCGACCAACGGGGCCUCUAUCUACACCGGCAGCAUGGACCUGGACUCUCCGCUCAUCUCACGCAGAAGGGAUUCCAGGCCCGUCACCCAGUGCUGCUCCAGAGGGAGCCGCGUCAGCGUGUACGACAACGUCCCUGGCUCCCACCUGUACGCCAGCACUGGGGACCUCAUGGACCUGGAGAAGGAGGACCUGUUCCCCCACCUGGACGACAUCCUGCUGCACGUGAGUGGUCUGCAGCAGAUAGUGGACCACUGGUCCAAGAAUGUAGAGGCACUGGCACGUGUGGACGGCCUCCAGUCCUCCAGUCAGAUCACCUUGAACUUUGAGGGAAAUUCUGUGACCGAAAGUCAGACCGCGCCCUGUGACGGCGACAGAGACGGAGCUUCACUGGCUGAAAAAGAAUCCACUCGGCUCAGAGAAAGGCGGGACUCGGGAGUGGGCGCUUCGCUCACUAGACCUAAUCGGUUACGAUGGCCCAGCUUUCAAAUAGCUAAUCGCCUGAGCCACUCAGUUGCGUCCCUGCAAAUUACCAACCAGUCAGCCGGCCAGCUGAGUUUGUUACAGAAGUUCUCCCUGCUGCGUCUCACUGCGAUCAUGGAGAAAUACUCUUUGUCCAACAAGCACGGCUGGACUUGGUCUGUGCCAAAGUUCAUGAAGCGGAUGAAGGUGCCGGACUACAAGGAUAAGAACGUGUUCGGGGUGCCCCUCCUGGUGCACGUGCAGCGCUACGGGCAGCCCCUGCCUCUGGGCCUGCAGCAGGCCCUGCGCUACCUCCGCAGCCAGUGUCUUGACCAGGUGGGCCUGUUUCGCAAAUCAGGAGUGAAGUCUCGAAUCCAAACUCUAAGGCAGAUGAAUGAGAAUUCCCCAGACAAUGUGAACUACGAAGAUCAAUCUGCCUAUGACGUGGCCGACAUGGUCAAGCAGUUCUUCAGGGAUCUACCUGAACCCCUGCUUACCAGCAAGCUGGGGGAGACCUUCCUCCAUAUCUACCAGUAUGUGCCAAAGGAGCAACGCUUGCAGGCCGUCCAGGCGGCCAUCAUGUUGAUGUCGGAUGAAAACCGAGAGGUGCUGCAGACGCUGCUGUGUUUCCUCAGCGAUGUCACGUCCUCCGUAGAGGAGAAUCAGAUGACGCCCAUGAACAUUGCGGUGUGCCUGGCGCCCUCCCUCUUCCACCUCAACAUACUCAAGAAAGACAAUCUAUCGCCGAGGGCCAUGCAGAAGAAGUACGCCACUGGCAGACCAGACCAGAAGGACCUCAAUGAAAACCUAGCUGCAACACAGGGCCUUGCUCGGAUGAUCACAGAGUGCAACCGGCUCUUCGAGAUCCCUCAUGAGAUGGUUACUCAGUCACGUAAUUCCUACGUGGAGGCUGACUUGCACGCGCCAACAAUCGGUGAGCUGUGCAAGCAGCUGGAAGAUGACGAUGGAACUUACCAGACGCAUGUGGAGGGGAGGCUUCAGAACCUGCUUAGAGAGGCUCGAGAGAAGUCCAAGUGUUGGGUGUCGUGCAGCAGCUCUGACAACACUGAGCUGUACUACAAGAAGGUGGGGGAUGGGAACCCUUUGAGGCGCUGGCGAGUGUCUGUGGAGGUGGAGGCGCCACCUUCUGUGGUGUUGAACCGGGUCCUGCGGGAACGUCACCUCUGGGACGUGGACCUGCUGCAGUGGAAAGUGUGUGAGACCCUGGACAAGCAGACGGAGGUGUUUCAGUAUGUCCUCAAUCGCAUGCCCCCUCAUCCCAGCAGAGACUUUGUUGUACUCAGGUCAUGGAGGACAGAUUUGCCCAAAGGUGCAUGCUCCCUGGUUUCUGUGUCCGUAGAGCAUGAGGAUUGUCCUCCUAUCGGAGGGGUACGAGCUAUAGUGCUGGAAUCUAACUACCUGCUGGAGCCCUGUGGCUCUGGAAAGUCCAGACUGACUCACAUCUGCAGGGUGGACCUAAAAGGACGGACUCCAGAGUGGUACAACAAAACCUUUGGUCAUCUUUGUGCAGCAGAAGCUGCUCGGAUCCGCAACUCCUUUCAACCACUGCUCACCGAUGGUCCAGAGACUAAAAUCUGAAACUCUUUGCCAGUUGUGUCUGUUCAGCCUUGAUCAAGAUUGAGCCUUUGAGUCAUUGCGAAAACACGGAUACACAGAAAGACCCCAGAACUAAAGCACAACGUAUUCAUUGUAUUUUCUUUACCCAGAGAACAAAUGCUCUGAAAAUAAAGAUAUUCCUCUGUACUUGCACAGUGACAAAUAAGGACAUCUUAUAGGUGCUGGGCAUAAAUACUCACUGGGAAAUUCAUCAUCCUGCCAUUAUACUUAGCAUUAGGACUUUACAUGUAUACUGAAAUAAUUCUUAUCUUAUUAUAAUAAAAUUAAUAUUAUUAUAUUACUGUUGCUACAAUCUAAAUGUCUAAGACAUUCAAGCUCUUCUGCUUCUGGGAAGCAAGUAAAAGCUAUAAUUAUUAUGUUUAUAUGUUUGUAUAUAUGUGUGUGAACAUGUAAAUAUUGUAUAUACAUGAAAGGACAAAUAGUACAUAUGUUAAUUUGCUAUAUAUUGAUUCUUUCACUGUUCAAUUGUCCUGUAAUACGCAUGGUACGAAAUUGUAAACUGGUUUUACUUUGCUUCAGUAUUGCCAUUUAAUUUUAUUAAACCUUUGACCUACUACGGUUGGAAAAGAACGACUUAAGGUUUGACUUGAUCAUACCUGCCUUAGGGUACUAGAUUGUGCAGUCAAGUACAACAGAUAGCAUUUUUUAAAUAAAACUAUUGAAAAUA